UUAUUAUUGGAAUUUUUUUGAAGCCUUGUUUUUCUACCUUACGUACUGAUAAAUUAUCUCUAAUACCUUAAACUCUUGUCAUAUUAUAAUAAUUUAUAUCGUGGACUAUGGCAAAUCAUAUUAUAAAACAUUGCCGUAUCUUGGAAGUUGAGUGAAAAUCGUUUUCAACAGUAAUUUUUAAAUUCUAAUAAAGUUUAUUAACAUGGCAUUCUAUUUAUGUAGUCGUUAUAGGAUAUUAGUUUUAAUAAUGAUUAUCUUGAUUAUGUGGCAAACAUAUACAAACUAUUCUCGGUUCAUGAAAAAGAAUGGAAACUUGACAGAGAAUAGUAUAGUACAAUUGGAAGAUGAUACCUACAAUAAACAUAAACAAGACAAAGUGAAAGUGCGGGUUUAUUAUGAAGCUCUGUGUCCUGAUUCAAAGCACUUUUUUAUUAAGCAUUUGGGCCCAGUAACGGAAAAAUUAUCGGAUUUUUUGGAUGUUGCCUUAAUUCCAUAUGGAAAGGCUACAACAAGUGAAAACAAUGGACAAUAUUAUUUCAAUUGCCAACAUGGUGAAAAAGAAUGCUAUGCGAAUAAAAUCCAUGCAUGCAGUAUAGACAUAUUGAACAAUACAAUGACUGCUGUAAAGUUGACAGUAUGCAUGAUAGAUGAUAAUUAUGAUGCUGACGGAAUCCUUACACAAUGUGCAAAGCAAUUAAGUAUUGACACCGAUCCUAUUUACAACUGUGCAGGAAGUGCUCACGGAUCAGAGCUCUUGAAGAAGUAUGGAGAUGAUACACAUUUAAUUAAGCCAACAUUCAUUCCUACAGUCAUUUUAAAUGGUUCCAAGGGUAAUCAAGCAGCUAUACUUAAGAAUUUUUUGUUAGAAGUAUGUAAGUUAAUUGAUAUGCCGCUGCCACCACCUUGCUUGUGACAUUUUCGUUUGGUUCAUAACCAAUAUGUUAAGAUAUAUACGUGAAAAAUGAAUGCCACCGAAAUGAGUGUACUAAAAAUUACAAAAAGAGGAGGGGUUCAAUGGCUAAUGAUUGAAAAUCUUGCAAGUGUUGCCAUAUUCAUUUCAAUCCCCCAAAAAUUGUAAUAUCAUAUUUUUUGGGUUCCAUACCCGGUGAUUAUUCCAUGGGUGGUAAACCUAUGGCUCCACUGUAUAAUAAAAAGAGAUGGCAUAUUACAAAAUUUUUAUGUAUUGUUUAUUAACAAAUUUCUAAAUGUUGUUAUAGCAACAUUUCUUGUUUCUUUUUAAAGCCAAAAUGGCGAUUUACAAAUUAUAACGACAUAUUGUUGUAUCUUGUACAUUUUUUUUUAAAAGUAUUUAAUAUUUAUUUAAAUAAAGUACAUAUUAAGAGAUGAAAACACCAGUUAUUGUAACUGUAUUUUACGUUAGGUUUCUGUGUAAAAGUUACAUUAGUGUAUAAAUUUACAUAAUAUUAUGUAUUCCUAAUUAAUGAAAUUAUUGUGGUUGAGCGGGUUAUCUGUAAAGUAGAACCUGUAGUUGGAGCCACAACCUGAGAGUUCAAUAAGACAUACCAAAAUUUCUGUAGAUGUGUCAUUCUAGCUACUGUAAAUACAUAUUUUCUAAUGAAAUGUAAUCAGAUGUGUUCUGACUUAUUGAAUAUUAAUAUGAUCUUUUAUAUGAUCAUUAAUAUGAUCUUUGUUCUGAUUUAUUGAAUAUUAAUAUGAGCAAGAAACCCUAUUGUAUUACUUGUUAAAUAUUCUUUGGAGUUGUAUUAGGAAUUAUAGUUUUAUCUAAUUUUAAAUUAAUCUAAAUCGCCACAUGCACUUGUAAUUUGUGAUGCACAUCACCAAAGAAGAUACAUUAUGUAUGACAUAAUUUUUCAAACCUUCAAAAAAAUUAAAAAUCUGCAUUUCACAAAAAACAAUGUUAUAAACUAGAUUUGCCUCAGUGCUAUCCAGCCUAGUGAAACUCUCUAGGAAAAAAGCGAUUCACUCGAUUCUAUGAAACAUGCAGUCAUUGAUAGAUUGACAGAUGACGGCUAUAAUCUUGUUAAAAUCGGAGAUAGCAGAAAUCCACAACCGUUUUAAGCAACUGUUUGCCUCUUAUUACGUAGUAUUUACAUCCUCUUUGGUGGUUUUUGGUGGAACAGUUUGUGGCAAUAAUUACAUGACUUGAGAAGAGUUGUCAAGGUGAAUUUAUUAAAAUAUUCUUUAUGACUGAAAAGGGCAGCUAAGUAUUAAGUUAUUAGCUUUUAGGAUCUAUGUAAUCACUUAACACUGUGAAUAAAUAUAUUGUAUCUUCCUAUUUACCUACAUUAUUUCAAUAGAAGAAAUAAUUUUAAAGUUACACAGUAAGUAAGCACCAAGAUAAUAAGGGGGCGUCCAUAAAUUACGUGAGGUGUUUUUUGAAUUUUCUACCCUCCCUCCCCCCCUGGUGAGAUGUCGUGAGAUUUUAUUCAAUCCUCUCCCCCAACCCCUCAAUCUCACGUGAGAUUUUCCAAAAUGUGGGUUUUUUACGUAAACGCAUUGGAUUGUUAUUGUAAAAAAAAAUUGCUUCAUGCUUUUAUUUACGACUACUUACCAAUAUUGCUGAGAGUUAUAAGUGUAAUAAAAAUUUAACAAUAGAUUACUUAAAUCAUAACUACUGUGAUUAAAAAAAGAAUAUCUACUCUAAUUCAAUCCAUGGAGAAUCAUGCGCGGUGUCAAGAGAGACUAUUGGAACCAACAUGUCCAAACCAAAAUUGCGUGAUAUUUGCCGAGACCCCCCUCUCUCCAACGUAAGAUUAGAUGCGAUUUGACUCGACCCCCUCCCCCCCUUUUAUAUCUCACGUAAUAUAUGUACGCCCCCUAAUUGAUUUAUAUUGUAUUGCUUCAACAUGGAGUUCUAAAGUGUAACGCAAUCAACAUGUCAAUAUUUUGUAUUUAAUCGUCAAAAUGUCAAAUCAAUGUUUAAUACUUCUCUACCAAUGUUAAACUACUAAUGUAAAUAUGGGUGAUUGGAUACGUCAGAGUGGAUAGAAAGAAACGAAACUGGUGGUACCUACCAAUGACUACGACGGAAACUCUGCCUAUGCGUCUAUUGGGCAGAGUUUUCGUUCAGUUGUCAUUUGACCGUGCGCUGAAUAGAACGCCACAUAAUGACUAAGUGCUUAGCGAACUGCCCAAAUAACAGGAUAUCCAUACUUAAAAAGGAUGGACUUAUUAUUAUUUAAUUAACUUGUAAAUACGUUACUUUUUAUAGUAUUGACACACUUUUAUAUAUACCUAUACUAGCUUUUACCCGCGACAUAAUAGUUACUUUGGACAUAAUUUUUUAUUGUUUAAUAUACUCACUUUGCAAACGCCAAAACACGCUAAACCUUAACAACAAACAAACUUACAUUCACAUUAAUAAUAUUAGUAGAGAUUUUGCUCCAAAUGAAGCAUAUCUAGCCAAUACUAUGGGUGUAGGGUAUCGAUACUUAAACAUAUAAAUUCACAUAAACAUCCCUUACUUUGUAACUAACGUCCGUAUUCAUCAUAUUUUGCUUCUUAUAAUUAAAAUGUGUAAUUAGUUGUAAUCGAUUUUGACAUGUGGACAAGCUUUUAAUAGGUAAUUUAUAUGUUUUGUUCUUAGAAGCAAGACUGACUUCGCGAGUUCCUUAUUUUUAUGUAAUACUUACGUAAAAUCGAAUAUUUUUAAUCUUGGUUGUGUUUUUUACAAUUGUUAGUGAUUUUUAUUUUGAGAGGCUGUAUAAUUAUUCUACCAUAAAAUUAUUGUAUAUCUUAUGAUAAUGAAUUGUGAUUUUCAAUGCUUAUAAUUAAUAAAUGUAUCUAAUCAAUUGCUUCGAAUACCUACCAUAUCUGUUUAAGUAAGAAUUUUAAUAUAUAUUAACUAAUUUAACUAUUAAAUAUACAUAACAUUAAUCGAUUUAUUUAAAAACUCGUCAGAAAAUGUGAUGAUGAUAAAGGCUCAAUUAAUAAAAUACUAUU